AUGCCGCCCGACCGGAAACAGCGGAAUAAGCACCACAAGAAGACGCAGCGCGGCCCCAUAGUGCGGCCAGACGGGACCGUACAGCACAAGAUUCCGGCGCUCGAGGCGCGCGAUGCCGCCCAGCUUCCCGGUGUCAACAAGCUCAAGGCGCAGCUGCGCCAGGCGCGUCGGCUGCUUGCGAAGGACAAGCUCGACUCAGGCAUCAAGGUUGCGACGGAGCGAAGGAUCAAGAGUCUCGAGAACGACCUGAGGCUUGCUGAGCGCCGAGGGGUCGAGAAGAAGAACGGACAGAAGUACCAUGCUGUGAAAUUCUUCGAGCGCCAGAAGCUGCUCCGCUUCAUCAAGCGUACGAGCAAGGAGCAGGCCGAGUACGAGGCGAAGGGCAAGGAAAAGAAGGCGAAGAAGAGCGGCGAGAAGCUCGUCGAGGCGCGCAUCAUGCUCAACUACGUGCUGAACUUCCCUAACACGCAAAAGUACAUCUCGCUCUUCCCCGUGACGGAGAAGAAGGAUGACGCGGACGCCGACGACGACGAGGGCAAGUUUAAGCUGCCGCGCCUGCUCUCCAAGACGGAGGACCUGGACAAGUCUGCCCAGCGCCGGCUCGAGAUCCUGCUCGAGACGAAGCGGCUGAUGGAGGCGGGCGAACUCAGCGACAAGCCCGAGGUCGAGCGGCGGUCGGGUGUCAUCGAGGUCGGCUCGACGAAGGACGGCGAGGAGAUCGUCGAGGAGGAGAGCGAGGAGAAGGAGGAGGCCGACGACUUCUUCGACUCGGACUAG